CUUCCUGACCGGCCCCUCAUGUCCUGUUGACAAUGAAGAGAAGAUUAGAACGUGACCUACAGAGCACCGCUCAGAAUAAACAGAAGAAACGUAUAGAAGAAUUGGGGCUAAAUUUGAGUUCCACAUCUGACGAUGACACUCAGUACAGCAAUCAUGGCACCCAGGAGUCUUCCACUAGUGGGACCGGCUCAGACAGCGAGAUCGAUGAGAAGAGACCUGUGUUUGGGUCGGGGGAUAAAGAAAAAGCGGACCCCCUGGCAGAGGGCACAUCAUCCCGCUACUCCAUGUUUAACAGUGUCUCCCAGAAACUCAUGGCAAAGAUGGGCUUCCGCGAAGGCGAGGGUUUGGGAAAGUUCGGCCAGGGAAGAAAGGAGAUUAUCGAAGCUUCCAUGCAGAAAGGGCGGAGAGGUCUCGGCAUGAUCAUAAAAGGGUUCGAAAAGGAACUGAAUAUUGACUGGAGGGAUCAGCCUGAGGCAGCAGCCUAUGAAGAAGUCGAUUGGUUCCCAGAAUGUACCACAGAGAUUCCAGAUGCCGACGAGCUCUCUGACUGGAUGACAGUAGGCAAGAGGAAAAUGAUCAUAGAUGAUGAGACAGAAUUCUGUAGAGAACAACUGCUGGAAAGCCUCUUGGAGUGUAAGAGCGCAUUUGAUGAGCUUGAAGGCGAGGAGAUGAGAAGGGCUAGGACACGCUCAAAUCCGUACGAGAUGAUCCGAGGGGUCUUCUUCCUGAACAGGGCAGCUAUGAAGAUGGCAAAUAUCGACCACGUGUUUGAUUACAUGUUCACCAAUCCUAAGGAUUCCCAGGGGAAGCCACUGGUAAAAGAUAAGGACUCGGAGUUGCUGUACUUCGCAGACGUAUGCGCCGGACCGGGAGGCUUCUCUGAGUACGUCUUGUGGAGGAAGAAAUGGCACGCUAAAGGGUAUGGCAUGACCCUGAAGGGACCGAAUGACUUCAAACUAGAAGACUUUUACGCAGCAUCCAGUGAACUUUUUGAACCGUAUUAUGGUGAAGGAGGAGUUGAUGGUGACGGAGAUGUCACCCGACCAGAGAACAUCACUGCUUUCCGGAACUUUGUUUUGGACAAUACAGAUCACAAGGGUGUUCACUUCAUGAUGGCUGACGGGGGGUUCUCGGUGGAGGGUCAGGAAAACAUUCAGGAAAUUCUAAGCAAGCAGCUUCUUCUCUGCCAGUUCCUGGUGGGACUGUCUGUAAUCCGGACUGGGGGACAUUUCAUCUGUAAGACCUUUGACCUGUUUACCCCAUUUAGUGUGGGACUGACUUACUUGCUCUACUGCUGCUUUGAACGGAUCAGCCUCUUCAAGCCAGUGACCAGCCGGCCAGCUAAUUCUGAGAGGUACAUUGUAGCGCGCGGCUUGAAGGCGGGCAUAGAAGACGUACGCAAUUACCUGUUUACAGUAAACCUGCGUCUUAAUCAGCUCCGUAACUCUGAACAGGACGUCAACCUUGUAGUGCCUCUGGAGGUGCUGAGAGGGGACCGGCAAUUUCAUGAGUACAUGGUCCGCUCCAAUGAGAGCUGCUGUGAAGUGCAGAUCAAAGCUCUUGCCAAAAUCCAUGCCUUUGUCCAAGACUCGUCGCUGAAUGAGCCCCGCCAGGCGGACAUCCGGAAAGAGUGCCUAAAGCUCUGGGGGAUUCCUGACCAGGCUCGUGUCACUCCAACCAACACUGACCCAAAGAACAAGUUCUUCCAGCUCAUUCAGAGCCGAGAUAUUGAUAUGUAUAAUUGCAAGCCCACUCCGCUUACAUCAAAGACACUAGAGAAGAUCAGCCAUGUGAUGGAUUAUCGCUGUAUGGUGUCUGGAAGUGAGCACAAGUUCCUCUUAGGGUUAGGGAGGUCCCAGAUAUACACUUGGGGGGGUCGACCUUCAGAACGCUGGACUAAGCUAGAUCUGAAAACAGAACUUCCACGAGACACCCUUCUGUCUGUAGAGAUCGUCUAUGAGUUGAAGGGGGAGGGGAAGGCUCAGAGAAAGAUCAGCGCCAUUCAUAUCCUGGAUGCUUUGUUCCUCAACGGCAUGGACAUCCGACCUCAGCACUUUAACCAGAGGAUUCAGCUGGCAGAGAAGUUUGUGAAGGCUGUUUCUAAGCCCAGCCGGCCUGACAUGAACCCCAUCCGGGUGAAGGAGGUGUACAGGCUAGAGGAAAUACAGAAGAUAUUCUUGAGGCUGGAGAUGAAGCUCAGUAAGAGUUCCAGCGGAAUGUUACGCCUUUCCUACACCGGCAGAGACGACCGUCACUUCGUACCGGCUGGUCUGUACAUAGUGAAGACUGUGAAUGAUCCCUGGACGAUGGCUUUUAGCAAGAGCCACAACCGCAAAUAUUUCUACAAUUUGAAGACACACAAGUCCAUGUUCGAAGUCCCUGUGGAGUCCAUCUCACCAUUUCAUGUCUGCUACUCGCAGCGGCUGUUUUGGGAGUGGGGAGAAGGCGUCCAGAUCCACGACUCUCAGAAACAGGACCCCGGCGCGGACAAGCUCUCCAGAGACGCAGUUCUGGACUUCAUUCGAACACACCAGCCCUGCUCCUCGGGGGGCAGAGAGGAGAGGUAGUCCUGACACGGGAGGCAUCUGACGCACGGAGGUCCGACCCUCCUUCUCCUGGACUUUGAUUACAUUUUAAGAGACUUGACACGUGAGCCUGGAGAUUGUGGAGGGAUCUCCUAUCUACUUCCUUACAGAGGCCUGAAUUGCACUGCAGAGAGAGAGAGAAAAAGAAAUAUAUUUUGUUUUGCCCCUGGUGUGGCUCCUCUUCUACUUUGUUAGCGUUUCUAUUUUUGAUGAAAGGUUGCUUUAUUUUUGGCUUGUUACAGUUUAUCUGUCUUGUUAUUAUUAUUCGUAUCACACUGUGGUUUUGAAUUGCUAGGUACCGGUAAUCUGAUGAUUGGACUGAGCCAUGAACAGUGAUGAAAAGUCAAUCGGUGUGUCUCCGUAAGUCUCAUCUGGUCAUUUUCUGUGUCUGGUAGGUUUUGAUCGAGGAUUGACCCUCUGCAAUGGCCCCAGUACCAUCAUCUCAUUACAAAGAGCCA